CAUCAAUUCAUCAUCAUCACAAAGAAGGAAAACCAGUUGUAAUUCUGCCCAAUUCCAAAUUCCGAUCGACUGAUUGAUUGUUUGUCUACUAUAACGCACGCCAGAGACGCUUUGAUUGUCGUACGAAAUGCUCGGCGGGUUGUACGGCGACCUUCCGCCACCGUCCUCCACCGCGGAUGACAGCUCCGCUACUACAUCCGCCUCCAAUGUCUGGUCGAGCAGCGCCAAGAUGGCGCCACCAACUCUCCGCAAACCAUUCCCCCCUCCCCAAACCAUCCUUCGUCCUCAACACGCGAAGCCCAAACCCGCUGUGAUUAAACAUACCGCUCAAUCCACCGCCGAUGAGAACAGAAACCCUAAUCCGAGCACGACGUCGUUUCACCCUGCCCUAGUCGGUGUCACCAGCUCCGUCGUCGAAGAAUACGACCCCGCCAGACCAAACGACUACGAGGAAUACCGCCGCGAGCGGAAGAGAAAGCAAGCGGAGGCGGAGGUGAGGAAGGAAUUGGAGGAGAGAGAAAGGAGAGAGAGGGAAAGGGAUGAGAGAGAGAGGAGGGAGAGAGAUCGGGAUAGGGAGAAGGAAUUGAGUAUCUCCGGCGAGGAAGCUUGGCGGCGAAGAGCCGCCAUGAGUGGUGGUGGUGGUGGUGUGCCGAGAUCGCCUUCUCCACCGCCAGCUGGCAAUGGAGGAGGAGGAGAAGGGUUUAGCAUCGGGAAAUCGGAGAGCGGUGGGUUAGGGUUAGGUGCCGAAGGUAAGAUGACAAAGGCACAGAGAAUGAUGGCUAAUAUGGGAUGGAAGGAAGGACGUGGUCUAGGAAGGCUGGAGCAGGGGAUUACAACUCCAUUAGUGGCGAAGAAGACGGAUAAGAGAGCUGGGGUGAUCGUCAACGCCAGUGACUCCAGCAAGAAGGUUAAAAGCGUCAAUUUCAACGGCACACCCACAAGAGUUGUGCUUCUCAGGAACAUGGUUGGUCCAGGUGAGGUGGACGAUGAUUUAGAAGGUGAGGUGGCAGAGGAGUGUACUAAAUUUGGUAAAGUGACCCGUGUCCUGAUAUUUGAGAUUACAGAGGCAAACUUCCCACACGAAGAAGCUGUAAGAAUUUUUAUUCAGUUUGAGAAAUCAGAGCAAGCCACAAAAGCACUCAUAGAACUCGAGGGUCGAUUCUUUGGAGGUAGGGUUGUUCAUGCUUGUUUUUAUGACGAGGAAAAGUUCAACAACAACGAGUUAGCUCCCAUGCCAGGAGAAAUUCCUGGGUUUUUUUGAUCGUUUGAUAGUGUGCACUACAAAAUCGAAAUGCUGGUUUAGUUUGUCAAAAAGACUUUGUUACCCUUUCACCAUGGUUGGUUUGUAAGUUGUAACAUUUGGUUGAUUUUCAAGUUUUAUGUUCAGAGUUCAGACUCAUUUUCAUAUGA